UCACUGGUAGCAGCGGUAGCGGUAGCAGCAGCCAGCAACAGCAGAGAGAGAGAAAGAGUGAGGGUGGCUGGGAUCUAUACGUGUGCGUGCUUCACCGAGCCACAUCGUCCACGCACCCCCUAACGCACCCCAGGCGAAAAGCACAGAGUUCAAGUCCGGAUCCAUUCGGGAAGGCCGAGAUGAAGCCAAACGGCAUCAAGGAUCGCGCGAGCAUUGCCUUUAACUAUGCCGACGUUGAUGGAAGGGGAUCUUUGAGCAAACGAGAGUAUAAAAUAGCGAUGACUGUUGUCUUCGGAUGUCGCCCGAACAAAACGGAAGUGAAGCAGAUUUUUCAGUCUACCGAGAGAAUUCUGUACGGAGAGUUUGAAUCAUGGGUGUUCAAGAAGAGUAAAAAGGAUGAUUCAUACGUUAAUGCAGAUUUAUUAUUCGCUUUACUGGAUAAGGAUCAUAAAGGAUAUUUAAUAUUGGAUGACUUCUAUUCUGCAAGCAAGUCUGUCAACUUGAAAGUAUUACCGACAAUAUGGCAAACGAUGUUCAAAGAAUUAGAUCGUUACAAAAAAGGAUAUAUCGAUUUUUAUGAAUUUUUACGUAUAUUACCGACAACAUAA